ACCAGGUGGAGGGAGGGGAGCCGGACUUUUUCCCAUACUCUGGUGCAACUUUAUAGUUGGACUGUGCGUGUCGGUGCUUGCAGAGUCUUUGGAAGUACCAGAAGCCCUUCUGUGAGUGCCAGGGGAAAGCACGGCGAAGGGGCUAUGAAGUUGGGGUUGCUCAUCCCUUGCCUAGCUGCCCUGCUGCGAGGAACCCGCCCCUUGCGGAUCUGCGCUUUCAACAUCCAGACUUUUGGCGACAACAAAGCGGACAAUGAGGCCAUUGCAAAGGUUAUUGUAAAGAUCUUGGCCCGCUAUGACAUCGCCCUGGUGCAAGAGGUGCGUGACUCUGAUCUCAGCGCAGUCACUACCUUGAUGGAGCAGCUCAACAGGGUCUCCAAGCACUCCUAUGAAUAUGUAAUCAGCGAUCCGCUAGGUCGGGAGAAAUACAAAGAGAUGUACCUCUUCAUCUACAGGACAAAGAGUGUCUCUCCAGUGGCCCAGUACCAGUAUCCCAACAAGGACAACGCUUUCAGCAGAGCCCCUUUCAUCGUGAAGUUCUCUGUUCCUGACUCACAGGAAAAGCAGCUCAUCCUGGUGCCCCUUCACACCCCUCCGAGUGAGGCCGUGGCGGAAAUAGAUGCCCUCUACGACGUUUACUUGCAGGUCAUUGACAAGUGGGGGACAGAUAACAUGAUGUUCCUCGGGGACUUCAAUGCUGACUGCAGUUAUGUGGGGAAGAAAGACUGGGAUUCCAUCCGCCUGCGCACCAGCGAAGUCUUCAAGUGGCUCAUCUCAGACUCCGUAGACACCACCGUGGGCCAAUCAGACUGUGCCUACGACAGGAUUGUUGUGAGUGGCUCAAAGCUGAGGAACUGGAUUGAACCAAAGUCCACUAAAGUGUUUGACUUCCAGAAGGCCUUCAAGCUGAGCCAAGAAGAGGCUCUAGCAGUCAGCGACCAUUUCCCAGUGGAAGUGACAUUGACGUCUCACUGAUGCGCCUCGCUACCUCACGCGAAGAGAGGCAAAAGGGCUGCAGCUACUGCCUCCAUUGCUGCCAGUGAUUUCAUUCUGCUGCUUCUUGGCCAAUCCAUUCUACUGGGACCAGUAGGAACAAGUCCUAGCUGUGGUUCGCUAUACCUCCCUAGAAGCAAGCCCAAGAGCCUACAAGUUGUGGCCAGGAGAGUUGUGGCCAUUCCCCCUCCCAACAAACUAUUCCAAUCACAACUCUGAUUAUAAGGCAUGCAUUUCUCAAAGCAGGAAUCAGUUUUAUCACACAGAAUGAAGUUACAUAUUAAUAGUUUGGGCUUUAGAUCAAAAAAUCAUUUCAGGUGCUCAUUAACUUUCAAUAUGCAACUGAUUCUGUGGCUGAUGACAGCUUCCCCCUUUGCCAGUUUUUACAUCUUGCAAAUACAUCACUCAAGUAAGUGAUGCACUGUUUACAUUUGUUGGCACCAACCUGUGAAGAAUUUUUGGAUGUUGGCCAGUAAGAGCUUAUAUAAUUAUCUAAGUAUUUUUAUUGCAGAAGUGAAAGAAGAAUGGCAAGUUAUUCAAAGAAAGGAAGCUUGACACCUCUGAGGAGCAGUGGUUCAUAGGCUAGAGUCUAUUCUAAUGCAGUUUUUCAAGCUACCUCACCUAAAUUCUCUGCCAAAAGCUGCUCUGAGCCUUGUCAACUGUGUUAAGAUGUCUGGGGAUUAGAGGGACAUUUAAUUUUAAAAAAUGAUGCCAUGUUCUUAUCCAAAAGACAUGGGGUGUUGGGGGAGCAAGCUGCUGGAUUUCAAUUAUUAAUAGUUUAAAUUCUAACAGUUCCCAACUAUAAACUUGGAAUCUUUACUUUAUUCUACUAAGAGUGCAAACACACUUGCUUCAGUGUAACUUGAACUCAGUACUUACUUCUGAGCAAACAGGGCUAGGAUCAGGCUUUUACACACAUGCUUAACCAGGGCUCAUUUUGAGGGGGAACGCGCAGGAACGCAGUUCCGGUAGUUCCCCAAAGAGGUCACGUCUGGUGGCCCCGCCCACCUGACUCUCAGCCAUUUGGGCCUGUUUUGGCCUGGAUUGGGGCCGAAACGGCCCAGAUCGGGCCUCUGACGGGUGGUGGAUCACUCUCCCGCUCAGCAGCGGCUUGAUCCUGACCAUUUUGGGCCCCUUUUCAGCCCCUUUUUGUCAUUUUGGGCCCAAUUUCAGCCCUGAAUGGCCAGGAUUGGAUCCAAAACAGCCAGGAUAGGUGAUAUCAGGGGGUGUGGCAUAUGCAAAUCAGUUAUGCUAAUGAAACACGUGAUGACGUCAAGGAGUGUGGCAUAUGCUAAUGAGUUAUGCUAAUAAGUUCCUCCAGCUCUUUUUCUACAAAAUGACCCCUGUGCUUAACUAAAGGCUCUUCAGCCACCUAUAACGCAACUUUUGUUUCUAAUAAAAACCUACAUGA